AUGAGUGAGGUGGGAGAGGUCACCGUCACGGAGGUGACCGCCUCAGUCUCGCCUCAAGCCACGCAGAAACUCCUGGUUUCCUUGGGAGGCGGAGAUCCUCCCCGGGCACCAGUCGCAGGCAACCUCAGCGGAGAUGCGAUCCCCAAGACCACCGCGGCAGCAGGCGCCAAGGGAAAGGUGCCCGAAAAGGUCAUCGCCAAGAGGGUGCGAGGCUCCGUCAAGUGGUUUAACGUGAAGAACGGGUACGGUUUCAUCAGCAGGCAUGAUACCCAGGAAGAUGUGUUCGUUCACCAGACGGCCAUCACCCGAAACAACCCUCACAAAUACCAGCGCAGCGUGGGCGACGGCGAGACAGUCGAGUUCGACGUGGUGCAGGGUGAGCGGGGCACCGAGGCCGCUAACGUGACCGGGCCAGCAGGUGCCCCGGUGCAGGGCAGCCGCUACGCUGCCAACCGCCCCCGCUUCCGCACGGGCUUCUACCUUCGCCGCCGCGCACCGCCCCCGCGAGGUCCCAGGGGCGCUGGGGAGGACGUCGACGAAGGUGAAGCCAGUGGCGAAGGCUUCACCGAGGCCCAGGGCCAGAGGCGCCGCCUGCCCGGCGGACCCCAAGACCAAAGGCUGCGGCGCUUCCCGCCGUACCGCAGGGCCUCCGCCGUGUCCCGCCGCCCGUCGAUCCUCGCUCCCACCAGCGGCCCGAGGCCCACCCACCUGCCCGGCUCCGCCCCAGCCUCAAGGCCCGAGGGCGCCCCGCGGCGGGGGCCAGGCCCCAGCUACCGGCUGAGUCGCCCUAGGGGCCGAGGCACCACCACUCCUGGUCCAAGACCCUCAGCGGGCAUCUCUGAGGAGCUGGACGCGGAAGACAAGGAAAGCGGACGUGAGGCCAGCGGCCCGCAGCAGAAGCCCCCGCCACGCUACGGAUCCCGCCGCCCCAACAACCCACGCCGCCGCCCACAGCAGGCGCCUGGUGCCCAGGGCCAGGACACCGUGGGAGGAGAAGGCAAGGUCGAGAAGAGCAGUGCUGAAACACCCGCUUUGGUUGCUUUGGCCAAGAAGAGCAGCGCCGCUGAGGAGGAGGACGCCUUGGUCGCCGGGGUCCCCUCUGCCACCCAGGCCAAGUAA